AAUGAAACCUGUCUGAUCACGGCGAGGUCUCACCUCGAUUUUCAUUAUUAUGAUUUUAUUAUUUAUAAUGAGCUGAUGAAGCUGGAGGAUCUUCUGUGAUCGUGAGCUGCUUGAGGAACCAUAGACUCCACGAGACAUCUGAAGGGUUCCUGUGGUAUCAUCUGUGAUCUCAUUGAGAUCAUUGACAAGCUCCUCCCGUGUAAUUCUGGACUGACCUCACCUUUCUCAGAAUCAUUCUUACCCCACCAGGUGCACAGUGGGCGGAGCUCUCCCCUGAGCCAGGUAAGUCAGGGCGGGCGGGGCCGUCUCUGUGUAAGCAGACUCAGUGCACACAGUAGCAGCGGGAGUGCGAGCUGCACCUGUUCCUCUUCUCUCCCGGUCCCUCGCUCGCUCCCCCUUCGGCUCAGGGAGAGGGGGGUCAGCAUGGAUCCUCAGGAAUGUGAGGGGAGUCCCAGAGAGCCCGAGAGGGAGGAGAAGAAGGAGAAGGACCGGAGGAUCCGCAGGAGGCCGUUCCUCAGGUACCUGGAGAGGAGGAGGACGGACACCAUCGUGGACGAGGAGGAGGACAGAGGCGAGGUCAGCAUCAACACGCUGGUGCGCAGGAGCCAGUCCGACAAGACCGAGUAUGGGACCAAACUCAAAGGUAAACUGGGAGCCCACGAGCUGCUGUCGCCCCCUCUGGACCCGGAGGAGAUCCGGCAGAGGAAGAUGGUGAAGAGGGCGAAGGUGCUGGAGGAGCUGGUGAGGACAGAGGGAGAUUAUCUGAGGGACAUGGAGCUCUGCAUCCGAGAGGUUCUGCAACCACUGAGGAACACACAGGUGGUGGAUGUAGAUCGUCUCUUCACUAAUAUGGAGUCGGUGUGCUCUGUAUCGGCGGAGCUGCUGCACCGUCUGGAUGAAGCUACAGCAGAUACAGAACCUGAAGCUCAGCUCAUAGGGGAGGUGUUUAUCCAGACUAAGGCAGCAGUAGAAGACGUGUAUAAGAUCUAUUGUUACCACCAUGAUGAAGCCAGCGCGCUCCUCAGGUCCUACGAUACUCACGAGGAAGCUCAGCAGCAGUUCAGGACCUGUGUAUCAGCGCUGAAGCAGAUCUAUGAUCAGGAGGGGAAGUCCAACCUCCUGGACAUGGGUUCGUUACUCAUCAAACCUGUGCAGCGCGUGAUGAAAUACCCGCUCCUAUUGGCUGAGCUGUGGCACGCCACGCCCACAGAUCACCCUGACAACAGGCCGCUGCAGGAAGCGCUGACGGCGGCGAAGAUCAUCAACCUCAACAUCAACGAGUUCAAACGCAGGAAGGACAUCGUGAUGAAGUACAAGAGAAGUGAUGAUGAAGGAACUCUGAAGGGAAAACUGAACAAACUCAACAUCCACUCACUCCGGAAAAAAUCCGACCGGAUCACCGGAUACUUCAAACUGCUGACCGGGGUGGAACCGCAGGUUCGUGAUGAAGUGUUUGAUAAAGAGGAGAAAACGUUCCGUAAUCUGGAGAAAGCCGUUCGACAACUGAUUAAGAACCUCAACUUCUACCUGCUCCACACACAGGAUAUGAUUGGGGUGGCGGUGCAGGACGUGGAGGAUCUAGAAGCCAUCAUGAAGGAUCCUGAUAAAAUCGACACCAACGGCUUUCAGCAUCAGAAGAACGGCCAUGAUCCCUACAGGCGCCUGGUGGAGCGUCUGGAGAGGUUGGUGGUGAACCCCCUGUUGGCACUGCAGACCAUGUUCUCAUCCCCUCAGAAACUCAUCCAGAAGCGCUACGACAAGCUGCUGGACUCGUGUUCCUCAGGCAGUGAGGAGCAGGCUCAGGCUCAGCGGGACUACCAGGCCCUGAACAUCCAGCUCACCCUGGACCUACAGAGCUUCAACCACGCUGCCUACACCAUCCUCACCAACUGCUUACUGAGCAUGCUCACACUGCUGACCGAGCUGAGCACCCUGGCCAAGCCCCCUGUUCAGCAGCUACCUGCUCCUCUGUCGAACAUCAGUGAGGUCCAGAACAGCAUCAUGGAGGAGAUCUGCAACCUGAGCUUCGUCAGAGAGAACUCCCAGAGACUGACGGAGAGGAAAGUCAGCUUUGAGAAGCGAGAGAGGAAGAACGUGGUGGUGGACAGCGUGCAGCCUCAGGCGGAGGCCGACAGGAUGAAGCUGAUCUCUCAGUACUCCACCGACCGACUGUACGAGCUGAAGAGGAAGUGUAAUGCCACUCAGGAUCGGGACGUCACCCUGCUGCAGGGGGAGCUGGUGGCCCUGCUGGAGGACUACGACCCGUUCGGCAGCGCCUCCCGCUGGCUGGUUGACACUGGCAGUUCGCAGGGCUACGUGUACUCCACCUUCCUGAAGCCGUACAACCCGGCGCGCGACGUCCUCAACGAGCGCCCCGACGACUUCGACAACCUGAGCUUGUUCGUGUCGGGCAGCAGGAGGGCCAGUCUGUCCAGCUACAGCGCCUCCACGCCAUCCAGCCAGCAGGAGGAGACGCCCAGCCCCGAGGACGAGGACCAGCACUUCUACGCCGUGUACGCUUUUGAGGCGCGCUGUCAGCAGGAGCUCAGUCUGCAGGAGCAUCAGCACGUCCGCAUCCUUAAGUUCUCCGACCUGGGAGGGAACAAGGACUGGUGGCUGGCGGAGUCCAACGGUCAGAGGGGCUACGUCCCCGCUAACUACCUCGGCAAGAUGUCCUACGCUUAGGACAUGAGACCAGACCUGGGACGUGUCUUAAUAACAUCCUCGUUCCACGUUCUUAUCAAAGCGGUCAGUUUAUCAGCUCAGGUUCAGCGUUUUAGAUGAAGGUCAAAUGCUUCCGCAUUUUUUUCAGAAUCCUCCAAAUUACUAUGAAUUAUAAUGAAGCAGUGUACACUAUAGGGACAAAAGUAUUGGGACGCCUCUUCUGAUUACUGAAGUCAUGUGUUUCAGCCACAACAGUUGCUAACAGACAUCCUUCAAAGUCCUGUAAGAAGCUUCUCAGAGGUGUUCAAAUACUUCUGGCCGUAUAGUGCAUGUGAUUUGGGUACAGUAAGGCGUGUGAACAGUAAGGCGUGUGUAUUGUGUGUAAUAGUGUUAAUGAAGGAACGUUUUAGAAAUAUGAAGCAUAUAUGUCUGUGAAGUAAAUAAGAAGCACUUUUAACUUAUUAAGUCAACACAGAUGCUGACGAGCCCUCAAUCGGUGACAUGAAAGUGUUCCUGAGUCAAAUUUCCACCUUAUUUUUUACUAUUAGUACGUCUCUGCAUCUGAAUUACCUUCCACAUGAAUCUAGGGUGUCCAGACGCCCGGUUUUAGGGUGGACGGACCGGUUUUUCAUCUGCCCGUCCACAGUCCAGUGCAAUACCAGGACGGACUCGUAUUCGUCCUCCUUUGGAAGUGAACCGGACGAAGUGAACCGGACGAAGUGAACCGGACGCUCGUAACGAUCACAAUUAAUUUCCCCUCAACAGAAACGUCUCGUAUUUAAUUGGUUUAAAGCUCCACUUUCCGUGAGGACGUCCACCACUUUAUUGUGGAACAGGGUCUGAUGCCCUUCUUUAUGGGGUCUGAUGUCCCCGUAUUUUGGGGUUUGAUGUUCCUCCUUUUUGGUGUCUGAUGCCCUCCUUAUUUGGGUUAUGAUGCCCUCUUUUUAUGGAAUCUGAUGCCCCCUUUUUGGGUUAUGAUGGCUCCUUUUUAGGGGGGCGGUUGUAGAAGUGGCCACAUUAGAUGACUGUCAGUGUUUGUACUGAGCGGUGCUUAUUUUAUAGCACAGCUGUGACGUCACAAUACACGAGUACCCUCCUGUGGCGGGGUUCGGUAUGACAUCAUAAUUGCACCAAUUUACAGAAUCGAAGUUAAUAAAUUAAAUCUAUAAUUUUAUUUUCACAUCCAGCAGAAGAUAAACGGCUGGAAUUUGACUCGGAUGAACAUUUUUGUUAUCGGAUCUGUUGGGAUUUGCACAGAUUGCAGACUGAUCUCACACAUCUCUGCCUUUACUGAUUAAAAACAUGUUAUUUUAUCAAAAUGUGUUGAAUUUUCGGAUCGAAUCCCGUUUCUGUCGUGCUGUAAUGAAGUUAAUGAAGAUAAUGAAGUUAAUGAAGGUUAAAGCAGCACCGAGAGCCGCUAACACUUUUAGCACUUUGAUCUGCAGUGUUUUACUCACAAAUCUUAUAAUUAUAAUAACAUAAAUAUAUAAAACCCAGAGAAAUGAUUCUAUUUACUGAAAUCUAUAAAUAUAUAGAAAUAUAGAGUAUAUAUAUUAAUCUUUAGUUAUAUUACCAGAGCUUUAUGAUUAUAGAAAUUAUAGUUUUAUACAGUAUAAGAUUAUUAAUGUAAUGAGAAUCUCUAUGUGCUGAUAAAUAAAUGUUUUAAACAUCA